UCUUUCCCCAAAGACUUGUGUAGGAAUAUUUGGGUCCAUAUGGAAGAAAUGGUCGUUGACUUUGCUUUAAACCAUCAACAUUGACUCAGUCCUUCAUAGUUUGCUACUGAUCAUACAUUUUCCUCUCAUCUGAAACUAUGGAUGGAAUCGUUUCUGCUGUUGUUGAAACAGUUCUUGGAAUCUUGAGCUCUGCAGCACUCCAAGAGAUUGGUGCUCUUUGGGGCUUGAAGAAUGAGCUUGAAAGUCUUGAAAGCAUACUCUGCGCAGUCCAACUUGUGCUGCAAGAUGCUGAAAUCAAGCAAAGGAAGAGCCAGGUGCUACAGAGCUGGCUACUGAAGCUGAAACAUGCUGCAUAUGAUGCUGAAAAUGUACUUGAUCGUGUAGCCAUUGAGGGCCUCAAACGAAGAGCGGAUUCUGAAAGAGGUAUGCAGCAUAAGCUAAACUCAUUUCUUUCAAAGAGAAAUCCACUGCUGUUCCGUUUGAAAAUGGUUAACCAAGUAAGAAAUAUAAGAGGAAAACUAGAUGCCUUAGCAAAAGAAAGAUUUGAUUUCCAUCUAGGAGAUGGUGUUGUGGAAAAUCGAUUUGGAGAGUCAUUUGACAGUAGACAGACUAGCUCACUAGUGAACGAAUUGUAUAUUUAUGGAAGGAAUGAGGAAAAAGAAAUGAUAGUGGAGAAGAUGCUUGACGCCGUGCGUGAUCAAGAUGAUCUUUCUGUGUAUGCAGUAUGGGGGAUGGGGGGUUUAGGGAAAACCACACUUGUGCAAUUGAUAUAUAAUGAUGCCAGGACGGAAGCAUGUUUUGAAUUGCGAAUUUGGGUGUGCGUAUCUGAUGAUUUUAGCAUGCAGAGAGUAGUCAAAGCAAUUAUAGAAUCUAUAGAUGGAGGGGUGUGCAAUAUUUCUGAGUUGGAUCCUUUGCAGCGACAUCUUCAAGAGAGGUUGAGGGGAAAAUUGUUUUUGUUGGUUCUGGAUGAUGUUUGGAAUGAAAAGCAUGAGCUGUGGGAUAGACUGAGAGAAGUAUUAAGAUGCGGGUCGAGGGGCAGCAUUCUAAUUGUAACGACCCGGAUUGAGAAAGUUGCUUUAAUGAUGGCUACUAUCGGUGUACACCAGAUUGGAUAUUUAUCGAAAGAAGAUUCUUGGUCCUUGUUUAGGCAAAGAGCAUUUACCAACGGAGAUGCAAAGAAAAAUCUUGAGACCAUAGGUAAGGCAAUAGUGAAAAAAUGUGGUGGUGUGCCGUUGGCUAUUAAGGCUUUAGGGAGCCUGAUGCAGUUUAAAAGUCUUGAAAGUGAAUGGUUAGCAAUCAAGGAAAGUGAAAUCUGGCAGCUAUCAGAUGAUGAAAACGGUAUUUUACCAGCUUUGAGGCUGAGUUACUACAAUUUAGCGCCGGCAAUGAGGCAAUGUUUUGCCUACUGUUGCUUAUUUCCCAAGGAUUAUGUGAUGGAGAAGAAAGAUCUUGUCCAACUUUGGAUGGCAAAUGGAUUUGUUUCCUCACAAGGUCAAAGUGACUUGAACCUCACUGGUCAUUGGAUCUUCAACGAAUUGGUUUGUCGUUCAUUUUUGCAAAUUGUGAGGACAGAUUACAGGGGUGAGGUGACAUGUAAAAUGCAUGAUUUGAUGUACGAUUUAGCAGUAUUUGUCAUGGGACAAGAAACCUAUAUCCUGGAGCAUGACAAGGAGAUAAAGGUUCCUACAACAGUUCGUCAUUUAUUUUUUAACUCAUGGUCUUCUUCCACAAUUAAGGGCAGUAAGCUAAAAUCUGGAAUUAGUGGCUCUUUACGGUCACUGGUAGUACCUUGUAGAGUUCCACUUGAUUGGAAAGAAGGUAUAUCUUCCCUCAUCUCAAAGCAAGAGUGUUUAAGAGCUCUGCAUGUGUCCCUUUUUGACCACAUAAAAAUAGUCCCAAAUUUAGUUUGCAAGUUAGAACAUCUUAGGUACCUGACAAUGUCGUGUGAUAAUAUAAAAAAGUUACCUGAAUCCCUGACCCGUCUCCAUAACCUUCAGACAUUGAAGCUUAUGAAUUCAUUUACACUUCUUGAGUUGCCAAAAGGUUUGAAAGUGAUGAGAAAUCUUUGGUUUCUUGAAAUGGAAUCCCAUCUUUCACUUAUUUGUACACCGCCCGGACUGGGAGAUCUUAUUCACCUGCAUGAAUUAAGCAUUUUCAUUGUUGGACAAGGCGCAUCUCACCAAAUAGACCAACUGAAGGAAUUGAACCUUGGAGGGAGCUUAAGCAUAAAAGGGCUAGAAAACGUGAGCAGUGCGGAAGAUGCCAAAAGAGCCAACUUGAUAGCCAAGAGUAAUUUGACUUCUUUGAGUUUAUUGUGGACAAAUGAGAUAAAAAACAACGACACAGAAAAAUAUGAAGAAGUUCUACAAGGUCUGCAACCUCAUCAGAAUCUUGAGAGGAUCUAUAUUCAGUCAUAUCAAGGUUCCCGGUUUCCAAAUUGGAUGUCAACUUUAGAAUUAAAAAAUCUGAAGGAAGUUACUUUGGAAGACUGUCGAAGAUGUGAACACCUUCCGUUGCUGGGGAAACUACCCUCACUUACAAAUCUAAAACUAUAUAGGAUGGAUUCUGUGAAGUGUUUGAAUGCUGAGUUUCAUGGAGAUGGAGAAUGUGUGUUCCCUGCAUUGGAAGAACUAAGAAUCUCCGAAAUGCCCAACUUGGAGGAAUGGAAGAUAGGGAAUUCAGUCGAGAGUUUUCCUCGCUUAAAAGAUUUAGAUAUUUGGUGGUGUCCUAAGCUGUCUAACUUGCCAUUUCUACCAAGUCUCAGAAGUUUGAUAAUAUUUGAAAGCAGCGCAGCGCUUCUUGGGUUCCUAACUGUUCUUACUUCACUUACAUCACUCAAUCUGCUCGGGUUUGCAGAAUUGCCUGUUUUUCCAGGAGGCUUCCUACAGAAUCUCCAGAAUCUGGAGAUUGGUUCAUCAAUGAUCAGGACUAUAUCAAAUGUGCUGGAUGAUCUAUCUGCUCUAAAAACCUUGAGUCUUUACGGUUGCUCUAAUCUUGAAUCUCUGCCGGAGGAGCUCAAGAACCUUAAUUCUCUGGAAGAACUAGAAGUCAAGGGGUGUGAUGGUCUUAUAUCAUUUCCAGCAGUUAUAUUGGAAGACUUGUCUUCCCUUAUAUCACUAUCCUUCGUAAACUGCAAGAAGCUGAAGCCAUUGUCAGGGCCGAUCAGAACGGCCACGACCCUGCAGAACUUGACGCUAAAUGGGCUCCCGGAGAUGGAUCAUUUGCCAGAAAGCAUGCAACUAUUCACUGCUCUGAGGAAGUUGAGAAUAACGUAUUGUCAUGGAUUAUGCUCGUUACCACAUGACUGGCUGGGGAGUCUCAAGUCACUGUCACGAUUGGAGAUUGAAAAUUGUAAGAAUUUGAAGUCCUUGCCUGAUGGCUUCAAGAGUAUCAAAUCACUGAGGAGGUUGGUGAUAAGUGAAUGCCCGCAAUUGGAGAUGAGGUGCAAAAAACCAAAUGGAGCGGACUGGCCAAAAAUAUCACAUAUCCCCCGUGUACGUAUCAAUGAGCAAGUCAUCCAGUGGUUGGAUCAAUAACUCAUGACAAUAAGUCAGGGCUGGCUAACGGCCUGGAAACGCUUUGUGAAGCACAAAAGUACUCUCUUUGGCUUGCAAUACUGAAAGCUCGGAAUCUACAGAUAUAGCCCCAUAUUUCACUAGUUCUGGUUUGCGCGCAUGCUGGUGCGUGUUCUAUGGUUGUUCGUGGAGAAACCACUUGUGUUGCUGAGACAAAACCGUUCGGUCUCGCUUGAAGCCCAAAAGUACUCUAUUUGGCUCAUUCCUGCACUAUAUGCGGCCACAGUUUCGGAGCCUCUUAUACUUUACUAGGAGACACAAAGCUUGAUUUCUCCUAUGAUACUAAGCUCCUUCAUCGUGCUAUGCUUCCACUUUCCCACCACAUUGGCUCUCGCAUAUAGGUUGCACAUGGGAAACACCAGCGUCAGCUAUCUGUUUAUCCAUUUGGUUCUAUGUGAUCUUGCUUGCAUUUUAUAUCAAAUUCUUUACAUCUUGCAAAUAUACAAGAUUAUCAUUCUCGAUUGAUGUUUUUUGCGUUAUAGGGCAGUUCUUCCGGUUGUCGAUUCUUUCUUUUGUAGUGAUGGUCGUGAGCUGACCAUUAAAAAACGUCCAUAUUUUCUUGUAAGAAAAAAACUAGUUAAUUAAUGUCUUGCUAAACUAGGACUUAGUUGGGAAUAGAUCCUGGUGGCUUUAUGGCUUUCCGGGUGUCAGCUGGAUUCUUAACAAUUGUUCAACUGGCUGUACACGACCAGGAACUAUAUUUCCUUGUUCAUCAUACCGGAUGGGCCUCUUGCCCUUCUAACUGCUAGGAGGAUCUACAUCUAUAUCCUUCUUGCUGCCUCUCUUUAUUGAUUCUACAUAGUAUUUUUGGGCUACAUAUUGGUAACCCAUAACUUCUCCUACCGCGGCUCCAGUCGAAAAUUUUAACUUCAUGUGGUAUGUGGGAACAACCGCUUGGAAAGCGUUAAAAGCAUGUCGGCCUAGGACAACGUUGUAGGCUGAUGGCAUGUCCACGAUAAGGAAACGGACCAUCUUGGUCUUUUUGGAGGGUUUUGUUCCUAAGGAGGGAGGAGGCGAGAUCUGGCCUAAAGGUUGCACUACCUCAACUGCAAAGCAUACAACUAGGUAUCCACCGGCUCCAACGAGAUAUCGCCCAGCUCCAUCUACUGGUAGACUUUGUAGAAAAAGAAUAUGCAGAGCUGCUAGAGUCCACAAAAGUACAUGGAAAAGUGUGGUUAGCUAAGGUAGCAGAAAUAACAAGUGCAUCAUUGUGAGGUAAUCAAUUUUUCAUAAUGGCUCUAGUAGCCCGAGCAUGGGCCCGUCUAGUUCGUCCAGAGUCCCUAUCGAUAGACCCAUCUCUAUCAUAUGGAUCACACCCUUAAUAGGGCUUUUUUCCUGGCUCAGC